AUGUCUCUCCCGACAGAUGAACCGCCCGCUAAGAGGCGCCGCGUCCACCAGAAACCGGAGCCUCGAGGUCCCAAACUCGCACGCCUGCCGAAAGAUGCUAAAGUCGAGAAGCGUCCGUUAAUGCGACCUCCCAUACCAUCGCCGUACUCAGGUGCCCACAAUGAGAAGGUCGUCUACGUCGGCUCCAAGACUCCUUUCAUGGCUGCAGCCAAGCGUGUCGAGAAGCUGCUACGGCUCUCCGAAGAGCGCUUAGUCCAGUCUGCGACCAAGCUCGCUCAGAACGAUGCGCGGCGGAAAAGUCGACGAGGAGGCAGACAGGGCGACAAUGAUGAGAUACUCGCUAUAGCAGAGGCAGUCGAAGCGCAGAAGCGUAACAGUACUGCCGGGCACGAGAGCACCGGCGAAGAGGUGGUGAUCAAAGGAUCUGGAAAAGCCAUCCCGAAAGUCAUGGACCUCGGAGUCUGGUUCCAACAGCGAGAUGAGACGUAUUCUGUGCGCUUGAAAACUGGCACUGCGAGCUCGAUCGACGAUGUCACGUACGAGAAACCAGUGGAUGAGACAAAAGCCAGCAACGAAGAUGCUGCAAUGGGCAAUGCCGAUGACGGGCUACAGGAAGAAGGUGCAAAAGAGACUGUGGAAGAAACACGCAUACGCAAUGUCAGCGUGCUGGAGGUCUAUGUCAGCUUGCGGUGA